CUGAAUUCAUCCAGUGUACUCUCAGUCGAUAGCGAAUUACCUCUUGCUGCAAAGCCCAUCAGCGAAAGUAUCCUUCAUCCAUCCGUCGUCUACAACUCGAAGUCCUCUAACAGCUUUGCUGCUGGUGAUAGGGGAUAUUAUGUUGAAGGAGAUGAUUAUGUGGACGACUACGUAUUGGGAAAUACUGCUGAUUUCUCGUAUGACGAAAUAGCUAUGCCAUCAUAUGAUAUAUACGGUUCCGAGGACGCUCAUGAAAUUAUCGGCUUCCAACUUCCAGGCCAAAGUAGCUCGAAUUCCAGUGAGCGUGUCAAUCAUAGCAGUAAAGAAGAAGAUGAACCAUACGUGGAAGAGGACUUGGAAGAACAUCGAAUAAUACCUACUAGCAACAAGAAAUGCAACGGUUGCGGAGCUCAGAUCCAGUGUGAGGUACGGUUGGCAUUCAUCUUGUAUCCUACAUUCUUCGCUGUCUCAAUUCACUACCUAAGAUAUGCGCGAUCUUGCUUGCAAAAAAAACAAUAAAU